GGCUGGCUGGGGAUUGGGGAUUGGCGUUUGACGGCGCGUCGUUAUCAGUCGCGGGGUCCGGAAGCGGCGCGUCACUCAGCGGGAAAGCGACCCAGCCAUGAAGCGCGCGUUGUGCUGGACCACCGCCUUGGUGACGGUGCUCGGGCUCGGGAUAAUGGCGAUCAGCGCCUGGAUGGGCAGCAAGCGGUACGUGUUCGAUGGACAGGAGCUUUCGCGCCUGGCGCGGCAGUACGCAGGACUCAAUCAUGAGCAGGCAUUCACCAAGAUUGUGGUUGAACUGAGGAAAAUGUACCCUGGUCACAUACUUCCAGAUGAGGACCUGCAGUGGGUCUUUGUGAAUGCCGGUGGCUGGAUGGGGUCCAUGUGUCUUCUGCAUGCAUCCUUAACUGAAUAUGUGCUGCUGUUUGGAACAGCAGUGGACACUGGAGGGCAUUCGGGACGAUAUUGGGCUGAAGUGUCUGACACGAUUAUUUCAGGAACUUUUCAACAAUGGAAAGAAGGGACAACCAAAAGUGAAAUAUUUUACCCAGGUGACACGAUAGUCCAUUCUGUUGGCGAAGCCACGGCUGUCCGCUGGAGUUCGGGGACUUGGAUGGUAGAAUAUGGCCGAGGCUUUAUUCCAUCUAUGUUAGGGUUUGCACUAUCAGAUACAAUCUUCAGCACACUGGAUUUUGUUACUCUCUAUUAUACAUUAUCAGUCUACGUAAAAGCACUCAUUCUGGAAGCCAAUACGUACCUCACUGGAGCUGGCUUCUUUUGAAGCUCAGUGAAGACUUAUUUGCAAUUUUAAAUAUUACAAGUGUCUGUUUGAUGUCAGUUUACAUUACUUAAUGGAGUUGAAAGUUGUAUCCAUGCCAACAGUCCUGAAAACUUUAUAUUUGUAUAAUGCAAGUUUUGAAAAUACCAACUUUUUCCUUUACUGAAGAUUAUCACUUCAAGUACUGUUGAAAAAAACAAAAACAGAACUUCACAUUUGAGUUUUUGCGUAAUCUUUCUUGUUGGGCACAACCAAUUUAAACAUUAAUCAUUGAUUAAAUCUAUUGGAAUCAUCUUGGAAGGUAAAUUGAGAAAUCAGGAUUUUGAACAUGAUUAUUGUACCUCUUCAAAUUACCAUGUUUUAGUGUGAUAUUGCUUUGAUCUGAACCUGUUGGUUGAAGACCACCUUCUUACUUCUGUGAAUCCAAUUUUUGAAUCAGGUAUGACCAGACUGGUAAUGCAGCCUAAUUAGUUAAAAUUGGUGUGCUUAUAACAAAUGGACCUUGUACAACUUCAUUGUGUUCAUCAUUAUUCCUAAUCCUGAAAGUCCAAUUUUUGAUGCAUUUGUACAUCAAAGUGGUGUGAUGUAAUGUAUAAUGAGAAUCUCUUUGAAUAUAUAAUUACUAAAAGUCAAGUGUAAUUUGACUGCAGGCAACUUGGAAGACUUUUUUUUGAAUUUUGGGAAUUGUGCAAAUGGGCAUUUUUCUUAUUCACUUUCUAUUGGCAGCCAGUGACAUCCCAGAUUAGUAAUCUAAUGUUCACUGGGUAACUACCUCUAUCAUCUCCUCAAGUCUCAAGGAAGGCUGCUGCACUGGUUGAUGUUUCUGGCUGAAUUGCUGGUUCAAGUCAACUGACCAUUUUGGUCAGCAAAUGUCAUGAGAAUGGGGCUCUUAAGCACAUCAUCCCUGCGUUUGCUGCUGCUACUGGUUCUAGACAGCCCAGCCACUUGCUUAGCUAUGUUUGCAUCAGAGAGGAAGAAUUGUAUUUCUCACUGAAUGCUGGUUUAAAAAAAGAACGUAAAAAUCAUGUGAACAUUAAAUAAAAACAGAAAAUGCUGGAAGUAAUCAGCAAAUCAAAAAUUAUAUGUGGAACGAAAAACGAGAAAGAAUAUGUGGAACAUUUCAAAUCAGAGCCUUCAUCAUGACAGUUCCUACAAAGAGCCUCUGACCUGAAACUAAGUCUCCUUCCACAGCUUCAUGUUGGGUAUUUCCAGCAUUUUCUUUGAAUUUGAAAUUUCCAGCAUCUGCAGUUUGGAUUUUCAUUUACAGGAAAGGUCCAGCUUUGGUCAUGGUGCUAAUGAUUGUAUUUCAUUUGAUUUUAAAAUUUACUUCUAAUUUACUUUGUGAAUUCUUUUCUGCCAGCAGUAAAAGGGUGGAAAUAUUGCUCCUUGUGUAGAGGAUUUACAUCUGUUAAUUUAUCUUCAAUGGAGGAUAUCUAUUAGUACUAUCAAGAACAAUAGUAAUUAUUUUUACACUUGACCUGUGGAAAAUCUGGAAUGAUCAUAUUUUCAUCUCUGGUGGUCCAAUAGUGCAACUUAAAGCAACGUUAGAUGUGCCAUGUCACAUGUAUUCCUUGCAUAAAGUUGAAAAACCAUCCUGUGGAGCUGCCCAUUGUUUCGCAGUUUUUAAGGAUUAGUUAUGAACUUCAUACAACUACCAUAAAUUUGACUUGGUUUUUGACUUGAUUUGAGGAGAUUGGGGAGUUGGAAAGCCUUUUUUUUUUUGAACAACUAGAUUUAAAAUCUUGGAAUAAAAUCCUUUUUAAAGAUUGCCUCCAUGAUUAUAGAUCUGUUUGAUUUACUACACAACCAUUGGUUGUAUUUGAAAGGAUUCACUGAGAAAAGCAUAAUGAAGAAUCAGAUUUCCCAAAUGUGUCCUUUACUUCAUGCUUUUUUUUAAAUAAAGGGAGUGUGUCUUGCAGGGGACGUCCUUCUCACUGAAUAAAUACUACAUUUUACAUUUCCUUUUUGUUUUGCAUGUUUUUUUAUUCAUUAAAAGAGACCACCAACAUAUACAAAAUGCACUGUACUCUUUUAAGAAAAACACUUUCUUGCAGUACAAUAUAUCUAUGAAAAUUAAAGCUAACUAUAUUUUAAGUGAGCUCCUGUCAAGAUUUGGAAUGUGAAUGUAUUUUGAGACAAAGUCCUCUUUUUUGCUGGUGUAGAUUCAACAUAUUAGAAUGAAUCUAGAAGCACCUUUAAAAGCUAGUUAAGCAUAGCCAGUUGUUUUUAUUUUUUUUGUGUUAUUGUAACCAACUAAUAAAUUUGCUUUGGUUCAAUAGGUGGAUGGGAAAAACUUUUAUCAAAAAGAGCAAUAAGUUGUAUUAAGUGAUUUGUGUGUUUAAAUUCACCUUUAUGGAAAUCUGCAAAGCUUCUGUCUAAGAUGUGUUACUUCUGGUUUAGGGUCAGUGAAAAGAAUAAUAUAAUUUUGUUUGUGGAAGUAGAAAAUAAGUCUAUAAGAUUGUAGAUUUUGUUUUAAGUUGGAUGUCUCAGCUUUGGAGGUGUGCGCGCGCGCACACAUCA